UGAUACUUACUCGAGCACUCCUUGCUACUUUAUGCUACUUGACUAAUCAGAGCAUCUUGGCCAGUUGUGCAUGCUGCGUUAUAUUGCUAUUCGACGUAAUAAUACCGUCAAGAGCAAGCUACAUCCACGGGCCAGUGUUAUCCUCUGCUCUCAUCAUAACCAUUUCUUCAGGCGUAGCACUCACUCCACCGCCUCUCUCUCUACUGCGAAAUUCACUAUGCUGUCAUUACCCUCGACCCCGCCCCCAAAAUCGAAAAUUCUGGUCUUUGGAGCAGGCAAUUUUGGAAGCUGUUUGGCGGACCAUCUCGGAAACUCAGACCAUGAAGUAUUCAUGUGGUCUCGAGAAGCUCGUUUCGUGGAAUACUUUAACAAGCAUCACCGGAAUCCAGACUACCUGAAAGAUCACGAAUUUUCAGCGAAUAUUCGCGUUGUUGGCCCGGAGAUACCCAGCAAGGCGAUGAUGAAACAGAUGGAUGUUUUACUUUUUGCAAUACCAACGCAAGGUGUCAGAGAAACGCUCAUCAAACUACAAUACAGCUUCGACCGCGCAAACUUACCUUUGAUGAUUUUUGUCAACAAAGGUAUUGAAACAGGCACACAUGCACUAACGCUCGAGAUCAUUGCUGAUACCUGCGGAAGUGAAAUUGCGCGCGCGGCAACUUUUAUUUCCGGACCAUCAUUUGCAACGGAAAUUGUUCGCAGGCAACCGACGUCUGUUUCUGUCGCAUCUCUAACAGAAUCGCAAGCAAAGAAAGCGUCAGAAAUAUUCCAUCAGCCGUGGUUCCGGUGUUACACUGGAUCUGAUCCGAUAGGGUUAGAACUUGCAGGUGCCCUUAAGAAUGUUUACGCUAUCGCCACAGGCCUUGCCGAUGGACUCGGAUUCGAGAAUAACACGAGAGCCGGUCUUAUUACUCGCGGCCUCGCCGAAAUGACGCGAAUCGGAACUGCGUACGGAGCAUCACCAUUGACGUUCUUAGGAUUGGCUGGUGUGGGAGACCUGUUUCUUACGUGUAGUUCGCCGACCAGUCGUAAUUACACCGUGGGUUAUCGACUAGGUAAAGGAGAGCCGCUGGAAGAUAUUAUCAAGACACUUGGUAGUGUAGCUGAGGGAGUGACAACGGUGAAGGGAUUGAAGAAGAUUAUCGAUGAGAUGCAAGUGUCUGCGCCUCUUGCCAAUGGGAUAUAUGCUCUUCUCUAUGAAGGGAAAGACCUGCAUGAAGGUAUACAAGAAUUAAUGUGUCGCCCACCGUCACGCGAACUGGACCUACCGGAGAAAGCAGGGGAACCUGCCAAGAGGUUGAUGCAGAAGCUUGGAUUGGACACAUGAACCUUUUCGUAUACAUAGUUCAAGUAAAGUCUCGAACAAGGCUCCCGUUUCCGCAUAACAUGUGAUCGUAACUUGAUAACACGUCUUCCUGAAAUGGAAUGUUACAUCCGGU